AUUACGCAUGUACCCGCUGCUGCCGACAGAAAACAUGGCGCUCGAGGUACCGAAUGGAGAUUUUCCAUAUUUACCUUCAGGGGCGGCGGAAGGUAAACUCGCGUUUUCCUAUGCUCAAUAUAAUUCACAGCCACUUUGGUCUAUUAUGCAUUAUUUAUUAUUGCUGUGAGCAGAGCAUAAACAGUCAACGCUAGCUUUCAAACAAUACAAUUAUGCUCGCUAACGUUAGCUAUUUAGCUAUUUGAGCUUCAAGCUCCAAGGUCGAUACAAGGCAUUAGUGAAGGAGUAACGUUAGUUAGCAGAUGGCUUGCAAUUUUCAAAGCCACCUUCUCCUUCUGAAGACAGCCUUGAACUGUGUGUACUUUUAGUAUUCUUUGUCUUAAGUAAAUUGGCUAAAUCAGUAGCUAGCUAGUAGCCGAGUUGUUCUAGUGCAGCUAGCUGACACGAGAUCCACAUUGCACGUUGGGGGCGAUGAAACAACGGAAGUCCAUUCAUUUUCAAUGAAGUGGGCGGGAGGGCCUUUGGGCGAUGUGAGCAUGGGCGAGGGACGUGAACAGGGCGGGACCAAAGUUGGGGAAAGCUGAACUUUAUGCAAAGACUGCUACAUCGCGUUUUUAUUGACCAAUUGAAGCUCACUAUAGUUUCCAGCCCCUACUGGAUUGGCUGUUGAUACCUACCACUACCUAGCCUGCUUGCUAGCGCCAACAUCAGGGGGAAGCAAGCCUAACUAUCCGAAUUUACGAGUUAAAAGGAUGGCCACAAGUGUUAAAAGCAAAGUGUACUAGCUAGCUACAACAACUAUGCAUAAAGCAAUACUGUAACGUAGCUGUGAGCUCUUCAUCACAGGCCAAAGAGCAUCAUAGAUAGUGAUAUACCAUGGAGAGAUCUAUAGGAGUCUUUGGUGAUUCUGUGUUUUCUGUUUGUAAUGAAUCCAUUCUUUUUCAGUAAACAGGAUGAUAAAGGAGAAUGGUGACCUGUUUUCUGAUGCCCUGUGCAAAGUCUGCAGUGCUGUCCUGAAUUCUGACUCUCAGAAACUUUCACAUUAUCAGGUCAGUGAUCCCACUUGAUAUUGACAUUUAUAUGGCCAUUUUCUCGACCAGUAUAUAGAGCAGCAGCUGAUGGUUUCAUUCUGUUGUCUCAUUCUUUUCAGAGCAAAAAGCAUGCCAACAAAGUGAGACGCUACAUGAGCAUCCACAAAGAAGAGGAGCCCACCAUCAAAAGGUUGAAGUCGCAAUCAGGAGACAGCGUAAGUUACUUCUCAGCUAGAAAAGGUUUUAUCCAGCCCUGCUCAUCCCAGUAGAGACAGCCAGACAGCGUUCAUGGAAUGAGCUCCCUUAACCUUUUUGUCCUCUUCACGGUUGCUGUACUCUUCCCCCAUAUCCAGGCCAACAGUAAUGAAGAGACGGAACGCUCCAAAGCCUGUCAUAUAUGUAAUAUGACAUUUUCCUCUCCGGUGGUUGCGGAGUCCCACUACCAGGGCAAGGUGCACACCAAGAACCUGAGACUGAAGACUUUUGGCCACCAGCCCGCAGGUAAGAGGCUGUCUACACGUAUUGUAUGGCCAUGUAUGAGAUAAGCCUGUUUUCGAUUUUCCACCCCAUCUGCACACACUUUCUUUUUCUCCCACUGUGUUAUUCCUCCAUCUCACAUACCUGUAUUUUCCAAAUGUGCAAAAAAAUUACUUAAACUCCUUCCUGUCUGAUUAAUGUGUCACAUCCUGCCUUCUACCUCUCCAGUAGCACUACCUCAGGCCUUGGCCCCAGUAGUGAAGAAGAAGAAGGCUCAGUCAGAAGAGGCGAGCAGCGUGGCAUCGUCAGGCCCGGCCGAGGACGACCAGGACCACUUCUGUUCCAUCUGCCACGCCUCGUUCAACAACCCCCUCAUGGCCAAGCAGCACUACGAAGGCAAGAAGCAUAAAAAACAGUUGACCCAGCAGAAGCUGAUGGAGACCUACGGGCCGUCCACGGCACCAGGUAGGACCUAGCUUCUGAAGCUUCUCACGUUCUGUUCAAAAGCCUGGGGAAGUUCUCCUCAGGAAGACGAUCAAAAGGGGUGGAGUCUAGAUGGAAAUAUUUGUAUGGAUUUCGCAUGGGUAUAGAGCUCCAAAUAGAGGUGGUAUUUUAUCAUUCUUUUCUGACUUGCAACAAGCUAGCUAGCAUAAGAUGCUACUAAAACUUUGUCCGACACAGUAGGAAAAUAGGCACACGUAAGACGAGAAACAAUGAAAUUCCCUAGGGCAGGGUUUCCCAAACUCGGUGCACAUUUAGGUUUUUGCUCUAGCACUACACAGCUGAUUCAAAGAAUCAACUAAUCCUCAUGCUUUGAUCAUUUGAAUCAGCUGUGUAGUGUUAGGGCAAAAACCAAAACGUGCACCCCUUGGGGUCCCGAGGACUGAUUUUUGGGGAACGCUGCCCUACGGGAAACCUAAUUUAUCAGAGCCAACCAAAUGUGAGCGUUAACAGCCAGCACUCCCAUUGAAAAGCAAAAAUAAAUCCAAUACUGAAGUUCUCCAGACUUCCAAUAGACGAGACAAGAUUUGGAAGGAGGCCCUGCAAAACUCAGUAAGACCAGACGGCCACGGACACCCAACAUGUAAAAAGAAAAGCACUUGGUUUAGAACUUUGUGAAUAUGGGCAUAUGAUUAUGUACAUUUUAAGUUUCUAUCAAGUGUAAAUAAGUGUAUCUGGAGUGUCAUACAGUAGCAGCCAGACAGUACAGGACAUUGUGUACCUAUGCCGUAUUGGGUCAUUGCAUGUUAGUGUAAUGUCUAAAACAGUGUACCUUGCUAACUAGUCCCUCCCAAUUUGUAAGUCGCUCUGGGUAAGAGCGUCUGCUAAAUGACUUAAAUGUGUCUCCAGCUUCCACAGUAAAGGGCUAUCCAUGCACUGUGUGCAACAUCGAACUCAACUCUGUGGAACAGUAUCAAGCUCACAUCAGCGGCUCCAAACAUAAGAACCAGUAUGUGUCCCUCUCGCUCAUUCUCACUCUCCCAUGCCCCGUGAGCCAGAAGAAACAACAACCACUGCAUGCACACACACCAACUGGAGUAAACCACACCAUAUGCCCAGAUAACUUCUGUUUGGUGUCAAAAUAGAAGUUAUCGUAUUCUGAAAAUACCUGUUACUGCCGAUUUUGUUUUGUUUUUAUAUUUCAGUCUUUAACAUGGCUUUGUUGUAAUACAUUUUAAUAUAUUUCCAGUGUCAGAGGGAAGAAAGGGAGCAACCCAACAUUCGUCAGCCCCUCUGAAAACCAGUACACAGCAGAAAACCAGCAGUCUGAGUACCAGUAUACGCCUGAAGCCGAACCAGUCCAGGAGGACUGGGGCGCUUUCAACCAGGACUACGAGUGAAGAGACUCCCAGUACUCCCCACCACUCCAUCUACCACAGCUCACCAGCUACUGGUGUCCCUCAGUUAGGGCCAGGAGGAUUUCCUGACCACAUCACCUGACCAGGAAAAACUAUUUGUUACAGGCUACAACUAGGAUCCAGAGUUUUCCCUGUUCAUGUCACAUGGUCAUGUAAAAUCCCAUCUCUCUGUGGUGUCGUAUCUGCCUCAUUGAUGAAUCCUAUCUAUCUACUCCAGUUCUACUUCAUUCUAUCUGUACUCAGAUAUGGUCAGUCUAUCUACUCCAUGUCUACAUCCCAGUACAUGUGUUGGUUGUGUUCUCAGUCGGUCAGACCAGAGAGGUAUAGACUCCUGGACAUGUUGUCUAUCAUUUCUGUUCAAAAUAUCAUAAAUAUUUCAAAUUCCGACAUAAUAUAGUACAAUGAUAUGACGCUGGUGUGAUGGACUUGCGUUAGUGUUCUGGUUUUAUGGGAAAUAUUUUAUUUUCCCCACUGUUUUUAUUUGGGCUCAUAAUCCUUGUUUCCCCCUCCCCCCCAGAGUUUUGUCCAACACUCAAUCUUUUGAUCCCACUCUUUUUACAUAAUGUUUCUCUGCGACUGGCUGAGAGGAAAAACUCAAUAACAUAUCCUGUACGGAAAGUUAUUUUUCUUUAACUUUAACUCGUUCUAGUUAUUUCUUUCAGUUUGCAGUUAGCAACAUGGAUAGUGACUAUAAUAUACAUGUAAUUUUUUGCACCCACCAACCUCAGUGUUUGUUAGAACCUUCUAGUUUGAUGUCUAUUGUAAGUAAAAGACUGCCAGAUGAUAAGUACGUCCUAUAAUCGUUUUAUUAUAUGUACAUGCGUUCGUAUCAAUUAAAAAACAUCUGUUACAAACUAACAAUACAUUACAGCAGAUAAUUAAUGUCAUACUCUAUCUUUGCUCUGUAUUAGGAAUGUGCUGUCGGUACCCGGGCUUAAAAAGCAAUGUCAUUUUGUUGUUUUUAUUCCUGUUUAUUUGUGUGUUUAGUCACAUGAAAAAUUAUAUGAAGCAACUUACGAUGUGAAAUAUGCCUUUACUGGACAUCUGCUGUGGUAUGGCAUAGUUUUCAUAAUGUUUUACUCCAUAGUUGUCUAUCUGUGCUUGUAGGGUCAUGAAAGAUUGUCUGAAUAUUGGUCAACAUUCUGUCUGAGGGAGUGGCUCUUGAAAUUGAAUUUGUCUGGUGAAUGUAAAGAUCGUCUGAGAGUGUUUCAGUGGAGAUGGUGAAACUAAAAUAAGGUAUUUUAAAAGCUCAGUGUUUGGUGUAGUAAGUGCUAAUACUUUUGUUUUUUACUGCAUUUAUGAAUGGACAAAUAUCUACUUGGACAUGGGUUAGUAUCAGAUUAGUGAGGGAUUGAAUGUGCAGAAUCAUCGUAGCAGUCCCGGUUGCAUUGGAUACUGACAGACAGUAAAGGAUCCUAGAUUGUACUUGAUUAUUUACUGUUUCAAAUUAAAUACUAUGUUGCUCUAUAAAAGCAUAAAUAGAUUUUGAUUGAUCUUAAGAACCCAUUCCCAUUAUUUCAUUUUGUGACAAGUUAUUUUGGCUAUGUGCAAAUUUGUCAUGUCCUAAAAUAGUUUUUUUCAUCAGACAUGACAAGUUGGAUAUUCUAUUACUGAAUGUGUCGCCCUGCCUUUUGGCUGAAGAAACAUUGCAUUCAUUUUAGAUGUAAUUCAUAAGAAGAGGGCUUCUAAAUACAUUGUAAAACAAGCAAAAAUAUGGCCUUUUAUUUCAGACCUCAUUCUUGUUGUAUUAGCUAUUGUGUUGUAAAUUAUCAGAUUUAUUUUCAAUACAAACUAUGUAUGCCUAAAGAAGUGGUAGGAAAAUGUGUAUCUAGUAAAACAAUGUUUUAACAAAAGUCCAAAUUUCCUGUAUUUUUAUUCAUUUUACUAAAUGUAUUCCUCACACCCAAACAUGUCUGCUC